UGUCAAGCUAUCGAUAUAUAAAAGGACACAAUUAGUUUCCCUUCGUCACCUUCGUUUAAGUGUUUAACAAUCCAUCAACAUUGACAAGGAACUCGAAGGCAUUCGAUAUCUGAAGGCGGCAAUUUUUUAGGCUUUACCAAACCCUAACAUCGAACAAGUGAUCGCAAAGAGGUUGUUCAGCGGCGAAGGUUGCGAAUUUCAGGUUUAUAAUUAGUUUCUUUGAGGUCGUGUCUAUAUUUAUAAACAUUAAACUCAGUUGCCAUUGUUUGUUGUUGUUAUUGUUUUUGCAUUCAUUCAAUCGAAACAACAACGGAGCUUUAUAAGUAUAAUUAGAACAACCCUACACCAGAACCAGUUGUCUACAAGAUGGUUUAUUGCUUGAUUUUUUGGUCACGGUGACAGAAGGUAGCCGCCUAAUUUAAGGAGAAGCUGUGAAGCUGUUAAUCCUGGAGCAGGUGAAGGCAUGAGUGCUACUGAUCUAGGCCUAUUGUUGAGGGGGGAGGGUGGUAAUGAAGACGUAUUGUUGGAAAUACUAGCUAGGCUACCAAAUAGUAGAAAUGCAAUUCAUGCAGGGUUGGUUUGUCACCUUUGGCAUUCCAUCAUCUUUCAGCAGCAGUUUAUCCCCAGGUUUAUAGGCCUCCAGGAACAAAAGAAGAAAGAGCAGCCUUAUUCCAUCAUAUUCCGCAUAGUAGAUGUUUUUGAGCAUUUCGGAUAUGGGUAUUAUCGGCCCAUCUGCAAACUAUUUUCGGAAGAAUCCAUGGUUCUCCACGGGGGAGGAAAGGAAGAGACAGUCACAUCAUGUAGAAGUUAUCCUCCUUUAGGCAGCCGCGGCAGCGCCCAGCCGCCUUCACCCAACAUGGUCAUAAGAGCAUCUUGCGGUGACUUGCUGUUGUUGUCGCAAGAUGAACCCAACUAUUUGGAUAAGCCAUACUCCUACUAUCUCUGUAACCCAAUAACCAAACAGUGGCUCCAUCUCCCCCAUGUUUGGUUCAGAGAAUUCGUGAUUGGGUUUGCAGUAGUACGCAUGCCACCCGCCUCUAAAAGCUGUGGCAGUUAUGAAUACAAGGUGGUUCUCAUUCAUUGUCCCAUUGAUUGUGCAGAAGUUGAAUUUGCUCGCAGAGGGGACAGUUGGAAGUUUAGGAUGUCAAUUUAUUGUUCAAAAUCAAGAAAAUGGAGUGUUAAUUCAUGGUUUCGAUAUCCUAUACCCACUACCACUGAGACCCCUAGGCUAUUCAUUAAUCCAAUCACUUGUAAUGGAACUAUUUAUUGGUUUAAUUGCAAUGUUGUUCCUGACUAUGUCAUUGCCUGUGAUUUGGCGAACAACCCCCACUCUACUGCCUUUAUUGACCUUCCUGAAGGCUCUAUGGCUGGUGGUGGGAGUGUUGUUUCACUAGAGUUGGGUGUUGUCCUGGGAGAACUGAGAUUAUUCAACGUAUUCCGCCCGUCGUUGGGUGACCCGCAGCAGCCUCGCGAUCUCAUUGAUGUUAAAGUUUGGGAGUUGAAUCACAGAACCAGUUCUUGGACUCUCGUUCAUGACACAUGCUUCAAUGAUAGGCUGCCUCCGCCUAAUGGCAUCCAAGUAGAAGAAGAAAACAAGUUCAACAUCCGUACGGUUGCUUUCCAUCCACACGAUGGGGACAUGGUCUUCUUGGUAUGCAGCUGUGGUGUUUUCCAGUAUCACAUUUCACAGGGUGUGUAUGAGAAGGUCGACGAGCUCCUUCAUUUCGUGACUCCAAGCGUGCCUCUUACGUCCUUCACUCUCCUCCACUCUAUCUGGCCCACAACCAUGUUGCUCUCUCCUUCCGAAUAGAAUAGUAAUUGUUAUUACUAUAGUUGACUCUUUUUUACUGUGUGCACACAUACUACGUAUAUUAUUGUGAAAUAGUGAUGAGCAUUAUUGGUUCAGGAGUGUAAUCUUUUGACCAUGAGGGUUUUCAACAUUUGUCCUACCUCCUUUUUCCUUGUGCUCACUCUUUCAUUUGCUUUAGUUGUAACUUGUAAGUUGUAACCAAUGUUGAAAAUAUCUCUAUCGGUAGUAGUUUUGACACUUCAGUUUUUAAUAAUAUCACUUGAUAAUAUGGCUAUCACAAA